ACUGUCAGACCAGACCAUGACAUUUGUGUGCCACAGUUGCAUAAGAAAACUGGUUUCAGAAUUAGAUUGCAAAAUCAGUUCUAUAGGGUGAGAAAACAAUUUGAGGAAUGGCAGUUUAGAAAGAUUAUUGGAUUUCAGAUUUAAUCUGACAGUGUAAAAUAAAUAGUUAUUCAGAGGAAUGAAACUAUUCACUUGGGUUUGUUUUACUAUCAAGUGGCAUUUCAAUAUGGGUUGUUUUUCUUCUCUUUCUCCAAGUGAAGUGUUUGUUCAUUACACAGUGUAAUGUGUAAUGAACAGUCCUUUGUCUCUUUUUUUGUUCUUGUUGUUUUGCAGUAUUUUCAUAAAAAGUAGAUGAUUUGCUGCAUCCGGUUUCUUGGCAACAUAAAAGAUUGUGUGUCAGCCAGAUCCUUAUAACCCAUUAAAAACAUGAAUUCAGUGCAGUCACAGGUUUUAAGAGCCUUUGUUGUCGGAUGCACUUCUCUUUCUACAGACCUGGGUAUGCUAAAGAAGUGUGAAGUGAAACCUUUUAAGUCAUGUAAUUUGUGAUAAAAUGGCCCAGAACAGAUUCUUAACAAAGUGCUGUAAGUGACCAAGUCUUUUGUUGAUCCCUGAAGAGUUCCUUCUGCUAACUCACAUUAAAACCUAAUGAAAUUUUAGCUGCUACAACAUCUGGAUGAGCUUGUCAUCAUGGCUGGGACUGUUCUGCUCGCCUACUACUUUGAGUACACCGACACUUUUCAGGUGCAUAUCCAAGGUUUCUUUUGUCAGGAUGGCAGUUUGAUGAAACCCUACCCUGGAACAGAAGAUGAGAGCUUCAUUUCACCUCUUGUGCUGUACUGUGUGCUGGCUUCAGCUCCGACAGCUAUUAUUUUUAUUGGUGAGAUAUCCAUGUAUUUCAUAAAGUCAACCCGAGAAACUCUAAUUAUUCAAGAGAAAACUAUUUUGACUGGAGAAUGCUGUUACCUGAACCCACUGCUUCGAAGAAUAAUACGUUUUAUAGGAGUGUUUGCAUUUGGACUUUUUGCCACUGACAUCUUUGUAAACGCCGGCCAGGUUGUGACUGGGAACUUGGCUCCCUACUUCCUGACGGUGUGUAAACCCAACUACACUGGGAAUGACUGCAGGGCACACCACCAGUUCAUAAACAACGGCAAUAUCUGCACUGGGGAUGUGGAGGUGAUUGAAAAGGCAAGGAGAUCCUUUCCAUCCAAACAUGCUGCUCUGAGCAUCUACUCAGCUUUAUACGCCACGAUGUACAUCACAAGCACAAUUAAAACAAAGAGCAGCAGGCUAGCCAAGCCUGUGCUGUGUUUGGGUACCCUGUGUGCUGCCUUCCUUACUGGGCUGAAUCGAGUUUCUGAGUAUCGGAACCACUGUUCGGACGUGAUCGCAGGCUUCAUCCUGGGCAGUGCUGUAGCCUUGUUUCUGGGGAUAUGUGUUGUCCAUAACUUUAAGGGCACUCACGGAGCUCCUUCUAAACCGAAGCCUGAAGAUCCACGGGGAAUGCCACUAAUGGCUUUUCCGAGAGUGGAAAGUCCUCUGGAGACACUGAGUGCACAGAACCACUCUGCCUCUAUGACUGAAGUAACCUGAGAUGGAAGAUUGGCAGCCGGAGCUAUUUUUUACUACCCUCCAGUACAAUAGUCCAAGACACACAGUUACUAAAUGUGUAACUGUGAUGACCAGUAUUAUGUUAUGUCUAGUUAGAGGCUAAUGUUUUGUACUUUUUUUGUAUGAGGAAGUGAUGUAGCUUGCCCUGAUUUUUUUGUCAGCUUUAAUAUUAUUAUGCCAGACUUUAAAAGCAAAACGAAAAAAGAACAAAAAAAAACUUUUCUUGUUUAAAGUGUGCACUGAGGAACUACAUCUAUGGAAUUGUUGAUGUUGUUAUGUGAUAUUUGUACACGUUUUUUUUCUUUUAAGUUUUUAAUUUAUAUAUCUUGAAAAAAGAAACAUUCAUUUUUACCUUUUCUUACCGUAAGAAGUGCUUCUACCACUGGGUCAGAUUCUGAUCUCAGUAAGGUCAGCAUAGAUCUGAAGUAAUCUCAUAUAUUUAAUUCAUAUUAAAAUAAUGGUGAUCAGGAAUCUGACCUGAAUGAUACUAUCAACACGUAGCAAAAAUCCAUCCUUGAUUCAGUGGGCUACUUAAGUGUUCCCUAGGGAUGCAGUUUAGCCACCCAGUUUCCAGACUACUUGGCAGACUUGAAGCAUGUUCUUAAGCACCUCACUGAAUCAAAGCCUGAUUGUUCUGGUGUGGGUGAUUGUGCUGGUUAUUGAAGAAUAACUAAAACAACAUCCUCAGUCUGCAGUAUAGACAGACUGGACAUGAAAAUUUAUAGUAGUAGCUGAUAGCAUGUGAGCUGACUAUAUCAUCUCCCUAGAUCCUCAUUCCUCCCCGAGGCCCAGCUGAAGCUCCCGGUGAAACCUGGCUUCAGGAAUUGACUAUGGGGAUAUACAGCCACCACUGUGGAGCUGAGGCUGUGCUCUGAGUGUCUCAUCACUUCAUCAUAGAUUUGUGGGGUAACUAGUGACACUGUUGCAAAGUAAAAGUGGCACCACUUCUCCAGCAGGGUGGCAUUCUCUGGCAUUCCAGUUCGCAUGAACCAAGGAGCCUGUUUUGCCCCCCAAAGUGUAUUUUUCCCUGAGGGGCUUUGGCAAGUUAAAAAAAAAAAUAAACAAAAGAAAAUAAAAAGCUGACAGCCUGUAGUAGCGGUCUGCAUUUUUGUAAAUUCUGCCAAACAGAAUUUAUAUCAAAACUGCUAUUUUACAAUUUAAAAACUUUGUCUAAGGAUUUUAAAGACAAUUAAUUAAGUAUGGGUUGGGGGUGGGAGGGAAAGAAAAAAAAGCCCAUUUACAAUGGCUAGAAUUGGGGCAAAGGCUUCAUUACAUGAUUUUUCACUGUUUCUAGGAUUUUCCUGCAUCUCAUUCUUUUAGCAUGGUGAUAACUGCUGUGUGUCUCCUUUAAAGAAUGGAGCCUGUCUCUGUACUUCUACUGGAAUGUUUACCUCACAUUUCCAUGUUGGUUCUUCUUGGCUUUUUUUUGUAAUUUUUUCCAAAACAGAAGCGAAAAAAAAAUGUUCAAAAAAG